AUGAUGUUUCUUGGGGAGUUGGUCUGUGCGGGGUGUCGGAAGAUCAUCAGCUACCCGCUAGGCGCCAUCAGCUGUCGCUGCCGCAACUGCAACACCGUGAACGCGGCGCAGAACAUGCAUCUUGAGUGCGGCGGUUGUGGCCAAUCCAUCCUUGUGCCCGUCAACACACUGACGUUUCUCUGUCCCUGCUGUGCCACCGUGACGGACAUCCCGCAGUCGCUGCUGCCACGUGUGGAGAAUCCGUUUAUUAUGGGCCUGAACGGGGAAUUGUCCAGCAAGACCAUCUACGUCACGUACCCGCACGGGAGCUCAAAGAAGAGUGGGCUGAUGCAGGAGGCGGAGGGGCCGGAACGACACAAGUCUCGCGAGGAAGAGGAACACGAGAUGGUGACGGUGAAUAAAAACACAGCUGCGAAUGACGGGGAGGAAAGUCCACGGCAAAAACAGCAGCGGCGGCGACAACGAGAGCAACAAUCCAUGGUGAUGGUUGUGGGGACGCGAAUACUUUAG